CCUUCACUUCAAUUUAAAAAUGCGGAUAAUUAUCAAAAUUAUAAGGUCAAAAGACGAGAUUCGCUGAUUCACUUAUUCUUCCAAUGUAUAAAAUCAGUUUACUGGCAAGUCUUUCUUCUAGCUAGCAAAGAAGCAUUCACUUUAUCAUAAUGAGUGCUGUGUUUCAGAGGCUGAAAUCCAUUGGCAUAGAUCAUGGGAAAAUGGCUGCAAUCUGUCAUUCUUGUCGAGUGAAGCUAGGAAGCAGUAUGCUGCAAACAUUUCCCACUGCUGCAAGGUGCGUUGAAACUUUAAUCAACACCGGUCACUUUUCUGCUUUGGACAUAGUGCCUCAGAGCAAUUUAAAUGGCCGAGGACAUAUACCCCAAGGAAAUGGAAGUAUGUGUAGCUGUAAUUCUGUGAGUAGUCAUGGAGAAGAAACAUUGUCUUACUGUAUACCAAAAAGAAACUUCUCAACUUUACUUCCGUUCCAUCAGGCAGUAAGUACAAAGAAAAAUGUACAGUCCUCGGUUUCAUCUUCGGCCCCUUGCUCAAUUAAGCUUUGCAGUAAAAUAAGAUCGGCAUGGUCCAAAAGCUCGCAACUGAAAUCAGCAAGACAUCUUUCAAUGUCGUCAUCUGAUAACCAUCAUGAGACAUUGAAUAUGUGUUGUAAGCAUCCUGCUGUACAAGAGGAUAGGAAGCAGGAAGAGAUCUAUGCACAGGAGCUGAGCAAUGCUUUGUUGGCUGGUGAGAGAUGGGCUCUUGCAAGAGCCAUAACUCUGGUGGAAGCAACCCAUAAGAAGGGGAAGAGACAAGCCCAGGUCCUACUGAGAAGAGUCCUGGACCACCUUCGAGAAGUGCAGCUGAAGAACAGAGGAACACCUCCUUCAUUUAGAAUAGGAUUGACUGGUCCCCCUGGCGCUGGAAAGUCUACUUUCAUUGAAGCGAUUGGAAAGAAACUGACCGCAGAGGGCCACCGUGUGGCUGUUCUUGCUGUUGAUCCUUCAUCAUCGAUUACUGGAGGUUCUCUCCUUGGUGAUAAGACAAGGAUGACAGAGCUCUCAAGGGAUCCCAACGCCUACAUCAGGGCGUCGCCCUCUGCUGGAACUCUAGGGGGUGUGACAAGGAACACCAAUGAUACCAUCUUACUAUGUGAGGCAGCAAACUAUGAUGUCAUCAUUGUGGAAACAAUAGGUGUUGGCCAAUCAGAAUACGUUGUAGCGGACAUGGUGGACAUGCUGGUUCUCCUGAUCCCACCAGCAGGGGGCGACGAGCUCCAGGGUCUUAAGAAGGGGAUCGUAGAGAGGGCAGACUUCAUCCUCAUCAACAAGGCAGACGGUGAGCUUCUCAUCCCAGCACGUAGGAUUAGGAGCGAGUAUACAAGCGCUGUGAAGCUCAUGUAUAAGAGGUCUCCAUUGUGGGCCCCCAAGGUCAAACAGGUGUCCUCCAAGACCGGUGAUGGCCUGAGCAAGGCAUGGGAUACCAUGGAAGAGUACCGAGGCAUCAUGAUGGAAGCCGGCCAGUUCACCACCAAGCGACAGCGCCAGAGGAGGGUGUGGAUGUGGCAGCACAUCAAGGAUCGGAUGAUGGAAGAGUUCAAGGAGAGUCAGGAGCUCCUAACAGAGAUCAAGCAUUGGGAGGAGGAGGUAAUGGCUGGUAGAUGCACCUCAGGGAUUGCUGCAGACAAGCUCCUCAAGAGCUUUUCAAAACUCUCCAGGAAUUUUUGACCUAGCUGUAGUAAGUUCCUAUACAGUGUUAGCAGGUUUGAAAUAAGGAAUGCCUUUCCCUUUUUCAAAUCGACAUUAUUCACUUCUUUCACUAAGAUAUAGAAUGCUGAAUCAUUUUUGACAACUACUGACCUUUUCAAAGUUUCAAGUGAGCUAUUAGCCCUCUCAUGUACCUAGUGCUUAGCAUGUGCCGAGCUGGCUGAUCUGCUCAGCACUAGCUAGGUCCAACAAAGUUGUAAGGUUGGGCAUUAUGUGUACAUAUGAGUUUGCACGUUUAUGAUAGUAGGGCAACUAAAGGUAACUUUAAUGAAAUAUCUAGUUCUUGUUAUAAUAAGCCAGUUCACGGUUGCAGUCUGAGCAUGAGCAGAUAAAG